AUGAAGUCGUUGAGAUUAAAAUUUCUUACAAAAGUAAACUCAUUUGGCAAAAUAUUAAUAAGCUCAUCUGAUUAUUUUGCUUAAUAACCACAACUAAGGAUAUAAAAAUAAAAAAAAUUUUCUACAACUUUAGGAGCAUUUAUGACUUAUUGUAUAAUCACAGUUUGUAUUAUUCAACUUAUUUCUUAAAUUCAGGAUAUCUUUGAUAGGAAUCAUCCUAAUGUUAUCACCUCAGAAUUUUAAUUAUUCAAUACUGAUGUAUAUUUAAUGUUUUAGAAAGGAAUACAUUUUAUAUCCACAUAAUUAUACUGUUGCAUUAGCCUUAAUGGAUGGCAAACUUUAAACAAUUCAAGGGUAAAACCAAUAUUUUAAUAUCUCGUUAAUGAACUGUAAAAGAUAAAGAUAUAUAAAUGAAACAAAUGGAUAAAAAAUAUCUAAAUUAGAGUAUUUACAUAAAAAUAUAUAUGUAGUUGUUACUAUUAUCCAGUCGAAGAAUGUACAGAUAAACAUUUUCCGAAUGAGUUCUAGCAAAAAUAUUUUAAAUCUUUUAAUAAAUCUGGUUUAUAUUGUGCAAAAAGUAGUAUUUGGAAUGAAAGACCAAUAAAACUUCAAGGUACUCCUUAAUCAGAUGUAUUUUAAUACAUUGAUAUAUUUAUAUCAAGAUGCAAAAAUAAUACUGAAUAUCAGAAUUGUUCGUCAGACUAAUAAAUAAAUUCACAAUUAUCAGGUAAUUAUUUAGUCAUUCAUACAUCUGACAGCCUUACAAAGAUGUAAGAGUAGAAGAAUUCUUUUGAAAAAAUUAUUUCAGCUUAAUAUUAUUUUUAUUCUGUCAGCAUAACUAAAACUAUUUUAUCUUAACUAAAAUUAAUUGAAGUUUUAUCAGAUGUCGGAUUACUUAGUACAUAUAUAUAAAAAGAAUUCUCAUUUUAAUAAAUGACAGUUAAGGAAACAUAAGAAGUUUAUAAUAAUCAAUAUAUUUUUAAAUAUGGAAUAAUUCUAGAUUAAAGAAUGACUUAGUACACUAGAAGUUAUUAAAAAUUGUAAAAUGCAUUUAGUAAUAUUGGAGGACUAUUUCAAGUAUUAAGUUUAAUUUCUUAAAUAUUUUUAAAUCCUUUUACUUCAUUUUUAACUGAGAUUGAAAUGGCAAAUGAAUAUUUUAGAUUUGAGUAAAAUACUAAAGGAAAAAAUAAUAUUCAUAAAAAUUAGAAACAAAAAAGCUUUUUUAUACCUUAGGAUUUAUGUUAAGAAAUUGUUGAAGAGGAGUUGCCUAAUACAUCAGGAAGAGUGUAAAAAGAAAAACUAAAAUAAAUUAUUUAAUCAAAUCGUCUUGAAAACAGCAUAGAUAUUUAAAAGUUUUUAAACUAUUAGCAAUUACAUUAAAAAAUGUCUAAAUAAGUUAUUUUUCAACUUGCAAUUUGUUGUAAUAAAUAAAAAAAUAAAUAAAUACAUUAUGCUAUUGAUAAAGUUAUGUCAAAAUUAGAUGUAUCAUUCAUUAUUUAGAAGUUAUAAGAGUUAGAUAAAUUGAAAUAUUUACUUUUAUCAAAUGACUAAAUUAAUCUAUUUAAUUAUAUUCCAAAACCGUUAAUUCCAUUUGGAGUUUUUGAAUAGGAAUUUUAAGAAAAUAUACAAAAUUUAGAAAAAAAGAUAUCAUAUAAAUUAAUAUUGGAUGAUGAAAAAUCUGAAAUAACUAAAAUAAAUGAUGCUUUUAAAAGCUAUUAAAAUUUAAAAUUAAAAUAAUACUUGUCAAAAACAGAUAAAUAGAUAUUAGACUUCUUAGAUGAUGAAAUCAAAUGCACUUUUGAUUAACUUUUUGUAUAGAACUUUAGAGGUCUUGAAUCUAGAGAAAAACGACCUGCACUUGAUAUGGAAAGCAUCUGUGAAAGUAGAUUUCCAGUCAGAGAUUCUAUGAUUGAAAGUUGAAAUCACAUUAUAUGAAAAUAUGAUAAUAUUUCUAUUUAUCGAUAAUUAUUUAUUUUCAUUAUUUGAGAUNAGAAGAAUUCUUUUGAAAAAAUUAUUUCAGCUUAAUAUUAUUUUUAUUCUGUCAGCAUAACUAAAACUAUUUUAUCUUAACUAAAAUUAAUUGAAGUUUUAUCAGAUGUCGGAUUACUUAGUACAUAUAUAUAAAAAGAAUUCUCAUUUUAAUAAAUGACAGUUAAGGAAACAUAAGAAGUUUAUAAUAAUCAAUAUAUUUUUAAAUAUGGAAUAAUUCUAGAUUAAAGAAUGACUUAGUACACUAGAAGUUAUUAAAAAUUGUAAAAUGCAUUUAGUAAUAUUGGAGGACUAUUUCAAGUAUUAAGUUUAAUUUCUUAAAUAUUUUUAAAUCCUUUUACUUCAUUUUUAACUGAGAUUGAAAUGGCAAAUGAAUAUUUUAGAUUUGAGUAAAAUACUAAAGGAAAAAAUAAUAUUCAUAAAAAUUAGAAACAAAAAAGCUUUUUUAUACCUUAGGAUUUAUGUUAAGAAAUUGUUGAAGAGGAGUUGCCUAAUACAUCAGGAAGAGUGUAAAAAGAAAAACUAAAAUAAAUUAUUUAAUCAAAUCGUCUUGAAAACAGCAUAGAUAUUUAAAAGUUUUUAAACUAUUAGCAAUUACAUUAAAAAAUGUCUAAAUAAGUUAUUUUUCAACUUGCAAUUUGUUGUAAUAAAUAAAAAAAUAAAUAAAUACAUUAUGCUAUUGAUAAAGUUAUGUCAAAAUUAGAUGUAUCAUUCAUUAUUUAGAAGUUAUAAGAGUUAGAUAAAUUGAAAUAUUUACUUUUAUCAAAUGACUAAAUUAAUCUAUUUAAUUAUAUUCCAAAACCGUUAAUUCCAUUUGGAGUUUUUGAAUAGGAAUUUUAAGAAAAUAUACAAAAUUUAGAAAAAAAGAUAUCAUAUAAAUUAAUAUUGGAUGAUGAAAAAUCUGAAAUAACUAAAAUAAAUGAUGCUUUUAAAAGCUAUUAAAAUUUAAAAUUAAAAUAAUACUUGUCAAAAACAGAUAAAUAGAUAUUAGACUUCUUAGAUGAUGAAAUCAAAUGCACUUUUGAUUAACUUUUUGUAUAGAACUUUAGAGGUCUUGAAUCUAGAGAAAAACGACCUGCACUUGAUAUGGAAAGCAUCUGUGAAAGUAGAUUUCCAGUCAGAGAUUCUAUGAUUGAAAGUUGA